UAAUGGAAAGCAACCUAUGAUUGUUUUGUUUUAAUAUUUGCUGUCUGUCUGUAAUGUGUUUGUCAACAUUAAAAUAUUCAGUACAGAGAGGAUUUUAAGUUCUGUUAUUGAAAAUAUUGCGUUAUUGAACGUAUUUGCAGUAAAGUAUUUAUUGUUAUAGGUUUAUACUUUAAGAAUUCAUGAUGAAUAUGACAAUACCAGUGGGUAUCAGCAUCCAGAGCACAGCUGGUGCUGUGCCUGUCAGAAAUGAGAAAGGCGAGGUGUCGAUGCAGAAGGUGAAGGUGCACCGCUACGUGUCGGGCAAGCGGCCCGACUACGCCCCGGUGUCCAGCAGCGAGGAGGAGUCGGAGGACGACGACUUCAUCGCGCAGCAGAAGCGCCGGCACCUGGCCGAGCGGCUGGGGUCGCCCGAGCCGGACGAGGGGGCGGAGGGGGAGGAGAUGGAGGUGGACGACCCCCGGCUGCGCAGGCUGAAGACGCGGCGCGGCGACGAGGCCGACGACGAGCGAGAGGAGCACACCAGAGUGGAGCGCCACAGGCACAUCCACGCUCCAGAGGUGUUGGAGACGACCGGCUUGACGGAUGACGAGGACGAGGGGGAGAGAAAAAGAGGGAAGGCAGAGAGCAGCGAAGAAGAGGAGGAAGAAGAUGAACUGAGUGACGAGGAGAUCGAAAAGCGACGUCAGAUGAUCAGAGAGAAACUGCUUUCUCGCAAAGAAGAAGAAACGGAGGUUGAAGUCUUGGACAAGGAAGAUGAAAAUAAGUCUGCUGCGGAAGAAAGUGGCUCCGAUUCAUCUGAGUAUGAAGAAUAUUCAGAUUCAGAGGAAGAGACGGGGCCCAGACUCAAGCCCGUGUUUGUUCGCAAGAAGGACCGCGUGACAGUGAUGGAGCGAGAGCGAGAAGCGAUCAAGCAGAAGCAGGCUGAACUGGAGGCGAAGAAAAUGGCGGAAGAGCGCAGGAAGUACACGCUUAAGAUGGUGGAAGAGGACAUCCGCAAAGAGACGGUGGUUAAGGACACGGAUGAACCAUCCCUGAAUGACGUGAACACAGAUGACGAGAAUGACGAAGUGGAAUACGAGGCGUGGAAGCUGCGGGAGCUGAAGCGUAUCAAGAGAGAUCGCGAGGAGAGAGAACAGGUCGAGAAGGAUCGCCUGGAGAUUGAGCGCUUGCGCAACAUGACGGAGGAGGAGCGGCGACAGGAACUGCGCAACAACCCGCGCCAGGUCACCAACAAGGCGGUCAAGGGGAAAUACAAGUUCCUGCAGAAGUACUACCAUCGCGGAGCCUUCUUCAUGGACAACGACCAGGACAUCUACAAGCGGGACUUCUCCGCCGCCACGCUGGAGGACCACUUCGACAAGACCAUCCUGCCCAAGGUGAUGCAGGUGAAGAACUUCGGCCGCAGCGGCCGCACCAAGUACACCCACCUGGUGGACCAGGACUCCACGCAGUUCGACUCCCCCUGGAUCUCGGAGACGGCCCAGAACCUCAAGUUCCACAACAACCAGGCGGCCGGCAUGAAGCAGGCGUUCGAGCGGCCGUCCGUCCGCAAGGAGCGCAAGUAGUUCCCCCGUUCCCCCGACGCACCCGCUGUGUAGGUCCCAUCCAGGACCACCUGCUUUCACUCGCGAUAACGAGCCACUAUGAGUGAGGAUACAUCUUCCUUGCUUGGAUGCAGGAAUUUCUCAAAAUGUGGCAGUAUGAAUGUCUUCAAGAUCAUUUAUUUCCGCAGUGAAGACACUCUGUUUGUUAUCGUAGUGUUGAGUGAUGUUCGAUGUUAGCAAUAAAAACAAAUGAUUCUCUGCGGGUAUUUUAUAUGUAUGCAGUAGAAUGUGUGAAAUACUGGACCAAUCACCAUAUUCACUAAAGAAAUAUAUGUUAAAAAAUAUAAAAAAUUAAAAAAAGAUAAUAAAAAUUGUUUGAAAUAAUUUUUUUUUCUUCCAAAA